AUGGACACGCCCGAUAGGCCCCGCGCCGGCGCCGCCGCCGGAUUCGAGGACUCCCCCGUCUUCAAUUUUAUCAAUAAUCUAUCUCCUAUACCACCUCCUAAACCUCAAGACACAUCACAUAAUGUGCACCUAUUCAAGUCGUCUGACUUGGCUCCUGUUUCUUCAAUCUUUGCCUCACCCCAUGUCAAUCCACCAAAGGAAUCUAAACUUCUGAUAAGGGAUGAUUCUGUUCAACUUUCUCAAGAUUCAAACUCUCCUAAUAGUGUCAGAACUCGACUAGGGAGUGCUAUUAGGUUGAUCAAAUGCAAAAACAUUGUUUCGGAGAAUUGCAGUUUCACCUGCCACCUAAAUCAGGGACCUAUUGAUUCUUCUGCCAAUAGAUCAAACUCUACAAGUAAAUUGCCUCAAACCAUCCAGUUUGUUGGUGACAGUUCAGAAUGUGGUAAGAAUCAAAAUGCUGAUGGUAAAAAAGAUCUUGCUAGAGAUCAGGAGAGCAUAGAACUAGAAGGUGCCCUCCUUGAUCACACUGGCCCAGAUAAAAUCGACUCAUCACAACCUGGAAGAAUCGUUCAUGAAAACCAACAAUGUGAACAACAAAAGGAUGGAUUUACAGCAUAUGAUGGGGAUUACUUGAUUACACACGAAUCAAGUAUGGAUAUGCUGAGAUUAGCCCCACCAUGUGAGACAGAUACACAGUUAGUGAAUGAGACACUAAACGCUGAUAAUGUGUUCUCUGGCAAUUCCUUGCUGACCGAUGGGCCAAGUGGCUCUUACAUCAGCAAUGCUGCACAUGAUCCAAAUCUUUACUGGGAUGGAACGGUUGAAGGGCCCACGACAGAUUAUACCCCCCAAUUGCUCCCUGGUGCUUGUCAAAGUCAGUCAGUGUCAAAUGAUCAAAUCUGUAAUGCAGUUGAAGAGCCCAGUGAUCACAUACCAAUCGACCAAAGUGCCUUGUCACAGAAUAUGCGUGGUAUGCGAAGGCGUUGCCUUUUCAAUGAAAAGGCUGGGGCUGUUAACAAAGCUGCCAAGAAGACCUCGGAUCGCCAUUCUGCAAAUACAACUACCCCCAGAUGCAAAACUAAUUCUGGUGAUAAGCCUGUGCGAACCCCUCCAUGUGCAUUGCCUGGUAUUGGCUUGCAUCUGAAUGCCCUUGCCCCAAUAUCAACAGACAAAAUAGUCCCCCAAGCUGCUCAAUCUUCCAUAAAUCAAGCCAGCAACUUCCCCUGUGCUGUCAGUUCUUCAACAUCUGAACCAAAUAUUGUAAAUGAAGAUUCCUCUCAGGCAAUCGUGGUUGCAAAUGCUGAUGAGUCUGGUCAGGGCAGUCCCAAGAAGAAAAGACACAAGUUUGAUGAUGGUGAUGGGACUUCAUGCAAGCGUUGUAGCUGUAAGAAGUCAAAAUGCUUGAAACUUUACUGCGAGUGUUUUCAUGCUGGAGUCUUCUGUUCAGAACCCUGUUCAUGUCAAGGCUGUCUGAAUAAGCCUAGCAACAUGGAGAUAGUUCUAUCUACUCGAGAGCAGAUUGAAUCUCGUAAUCCACUAGCAUUUGCUCCUAAAGUGAUUCGGACAUCUGAGCCUGGUCAGGAAUCAGGGGAGUACUCUAACAAAACUCCUGCCUCGGCUCGUCACAAAAGAGGCUGCAACUGUAAGAAGUCAUCGUGUCUAAAAAAGUACUGCGAAUGUUAUCAGGGUGGCGUGGGAUGCUCCAUAAGUUGCAGAUGCGAGGGAUGCAAGAAUGCUUUUGGUAGAAGGGAGGGGCUCGGACCGUUAAGCAUUGAGGAAGCUAAGCAGGGAAAUGAGGAAAAUAGUGCUUGUGUGAAGGAAGAAAAAAAGGAAGAUGAUAAUAAUCAGCUCGUUAUCUGCCCAGCUGCUAAUCCAGCUCCUGCUGAGAAUGUACUGACAACACCUUCAGCUAUGGAUAUCAGACCCUUGGCUUCUCUUCCACCUUCAAGCUCUAAGAGGCCACGGUCUACGACAAAGGUCCUCGGACAUCCUUCUCGACUAUGCAACUCUCAAGCUCCUCUGAAGACGGACACUGUGCUCUCCCCAUUUGAAAACUAUGCAGAAAUUAUGUUUGGGGUGGGUACAUCAGAUAGCCUGAAAGGAGGGUUAUCUCCUCAAACUUCUGUCAAGGUCGUGUCACCGAAUAAAAAGAGGGUAUCUCCCCCGCGCAUUGGUACUGGGUUGUCUCCAAUUUGCAAGAGUGGCAGGAAGUUGAUCCUGAAAUCCAUCCCUUCAUUCCCUUCUCUUGGUGGUGAUGUAAAUAACGCGGAUACCAAGACCACCUUGCCAGCUCCUUGA